AUGCGUCGCGGAGGCAGACCAUCUUUAAGGCAGGGCCUUGAUAAAGAGGUCUACCAAGUGGUUCGCAAAAUCGUUGACGAUCAGGCCGAAAAUGGUCAGUUUCGUCUAUCGGCCACAACUAUCUACGACUCCAUCAAGCGAUCCAACUCGAGUCUUAACCGGAAGCCGAAGAGAAUACUCGAAGACAGCAUUGAGCGGGUGGUGGAAGUCAUCAAAACUGACGUACUAGGAGAUGAUGAGAAUGAUUCGGUAGAUGGCGACUUCACAGGGCUGGAGGAACAGCCCGUACAAGAGUCAAAUAGCAUGAACAAGACCCUUGUAAGUGCCUGGAAUAUUGCCUCAAAGGCACCGAAACCCGAGAACAAUACAGAAAACGGUACACCUGCGCCAACUACAACAAAAAAGCGGCACCGUGAAGGCGAGUCACAUACCUCCAAGCGCCGCAAGGCAGACAGCGCUAUCGACCGAUCUCCGCCGACUCACGUGAGCCUUGCGGAUUUGGGUGGAUUGGACGAUGUCAUUCAACAGCUCGGAGAUCUUGUCAUUCUCCCAAUGACCCGUCCACAAGUUUAUCUAGCAUCGAACGUACAGCCUCCUCGCGGUGUAUUGUUACAUGGUCCGCCAGGAUGCGGAAAGACCAUGAUUGCCAAUGCGUUCGCUGCAGAACUAGGGGUGCCAUUCAUAUCCAUUUCCGCGCCGUCAAUCGUUUCGGGCAUGUCAGGAGAGUCCGAAAAGGCCCUCCGUGAGCAUUUCGAAGAGGCUAAAAGGAUUGCCCCCUGCCUCAUUUUCAUCGAUGAGAUUGACGCUAUCACACCAAAACGGGAGAAUUCUCAAAGAGAAAUGGAGAAGAGAAUCGUCGCUCAGCUUCUCACUUGUAUGGAUGACCUUGCUCUAGAGAAGACGGAUGGAAAGCCAGUCAUUGUCUUGGCAGCCACGAACCGGCCCGAUAGCUUAGACGCGGCAUUGCGUCGAGGAGGCAGAUUCGACAAGGAAAUUAACAUGACUGUUCCUUCCGAGCCUGUUCGCGAGCAAAUUCUCCGUGCGCUAACGCGCAAGAUGCGUCUCGUGGACGACUUAGACUUCCAAACUCUAGCAAAGAGGACCCCCGGUUUUGUUGGUGCCGAUUUGAACGACCUAGUUUCCACCGCUGGCUCCACGGCAAUUAAAAGAUACCUUGAGCUCCUGAAGUCAAACAGCGGCGAAGAAAUGGACAUUGAGGGAGAGGAUGACCUUAGCCCUAGAGUCAAAGAGCUUCGGAGGCUCAUCACCCACGCGAAGGAGACCCCAAUCGGCAGCGAAGCAGAGGUGGUCCUUGUAUCAAAUAACGACUUUCUCGUUGCCCUCCCCAAAAUACAGCCGUCCUCCAAGCGUGAGGGCUUCGCAACCAUUCCCGACACAACCUGGGCAGAUAUCGGUGCCCUAGGCGAAAUUCGUGACGAACUUGCCACCGCAAUCGUGGAUCCGAUCAAGAACCCCGGACUUUACGCUAGCGUCGGCAUCACAGCUCCGACUGGUGUCUUACUUUGGGGACCUCCGGGCUGCGGUAAGACGCUCCUUGCAAAGGCCGUGGCCAACGAGUCCCGAGCAAACUUCAUCAGUGUCAAAGGACCUGAACUCCUUAACAAAUACGUCGGUGAAUCAGAGCGUGCCGUUCGUCAGGUCUUUGUCCGCGCUCGUUCUUCUGUUCCCUGUGUCAUCUUCUUCGAUGAACUUGACGCCCUUGUACCCCGCCGGGACGACACUCUCUCUGAGGCGUCUGCCCGCGUUGUCAACACCCUUCUUACUGAGUUAGAUGGCCUGGGCAGCAGCCGCCAGGGCAUAUAUGUCAUCGCAGCUACCAACCGGCCUGAUAUUAUCGACCCCGCGAUGCUUCGACCCGGCCGUCUGGAAACUCUUCUCUUUGUGAACUUACCAUCACCCCUGGAGCGUGCUGAGAUCUUGCAGACCCUCGUACGAAAGCUGCCCAUUGAAUAUAAUGAAGACUUGAGGCGCCUAGCGGAGGAGUGCGAAGGGUUUAGUGGUGCAGACCUUACCAGUCUGGUGCGGCGCGCUGGAUACAAUGCCAUCAAGCGUCGGGAUGCAAUCAUAUACGAUGACUUUAAAGCUGCUAAGUCAUUUAUCCGGCCUAGCGUGACGGAUUUAAAGAAGUAUGAGAAGUUGAGGAGGGAUUGGAGUGGUGGCGUGGUUUAA